GCCGGCUUUCAUGCAGGAUCCCUGCGCGACCUCGUAUUUCCCGUGGGAUGAACCGCUAGAUUUCCCGCGGUCUUGCUAGCCGCGCCGGACCUCAAACCGCCUGGCCUCCACUAAUCCGCCCACGAUCCGGUCUAACCAGGCUUUCCGUCCACUGAACGAGGCUUGUCUAGCCAAGAAUGGCUGCUUCAUGAAUCAUGCAUCGGCCUUCACCUCGGAGAUAUCGCAAAUGAGACACACCUCCGGUGUCCUUGGACUUCUUGGUCCUCUCGCCCAACCAGUCGCCCAUCUGAGAGCCUCGUCCGCUUCACCUCAACAGCAACAAAAUGCCGUGCAGUCUUCUACGAAGGUGUCGCUGCGCAGCAUCACCAGCAUAACUUGAAUCCCCCUGCGGCAAAUUAUAGUGUCCCCAGACAUCUUGCGGCUUCAGUUCCUCAUGAUGCCAUCAUCAGAGACGCUAAUCAGCCUGGACAAUCUAUCUCAUCGCUCUUCGAGCCCACGCCCCAGCCAAGAGGAUAAUAGGCAACUGCUUCCCAGUAGUGCAAGCUCAACCUCAUCGCGUCGCGGCUCGUCUGAUCCAAAUGCUCAUGCAUCAAAUGCCAGCCUUCAGCCCGAUGCCAGCGACAAUGGAGAUCAAAGCGACAGCGACACCAAUGCGGCUACAGAAUCCCACGAUAACUCAGUGGACGAUGAUGAUGCACCGCUACCAGCCAAAGAGAAAAGGAAGUGGCGUUGGAAGCACCUCGUGAUGGAUGCUGGGACUGACGAACCCUAUCAACUGCACGACGACGGUGCUACGCUGACCCGCAUGGUAUUUCUACGGCUGUUAGCCAUCUUCAUCAUGAUAGGGUCAGCCUGGCCACAUCUCAGAACUCUGCGGAGGCGCUAACCAUCCACGCGCAGGGCCAUCGUCCUCGGA